AUGCGCAAUUUUUUUUCUACUUUAAUAUACAAUGAUUAUUCUGGCUUAGAAAAUGAUUUAUUUGCAAAUUGGUCACUAUAUACUACUCUGGAGACACUUCAGAGAGAAGUAAAGAAAUUUGUUGAGAGUGGAACAAGAGAUGAUUUCCUAGAUUUACACAACACAUUUCAAAGAAAUAUAAUUGCAAAUUUACCACUUUAUUAUGCAUUUUAUUUACUUGGUUUAGACUAG